GAGGAAAAUUAUGUAUUACUUCCAACUGGAAAGUUUUUUACAUUAAUCAAUACUUUUAUCAUCUUAUCACAGACGAGGUACAGGAUCCUUUACCUCCUCUGUGAUCUAAUCUUUACUAGAAAUGUGACACUAUAUUAAUACACCAACCAUGGCUUCUUUAAACCCAAACGAACUUAACAUUGAAAAAAGAGAACUUCAUGUACCUUCACUUCAUGAAGUAAAAAAUGUUUUAAAAGAAGGCUUAGUAAAAAAUUUUUCUGAAGUCCAAAUAGAAGUUGUCGAUUGUCCUGAUUUAACACAGGAACCUUUCAACCUUGCUGCACCAGGAUUGGGUGGAAAUCCAACAUUGUUGGAUAUUGGUGGUCCACCAUUUCUUCUUCCCUCUGUACAAAGAGACAAGUUGUAUGACAUUAAAGAACUGCUGAAUCAUUUGCAAUAUCCAAAAGACUCCCUUGUUAUUGGAGCAGGUGCUGGACCAUGGCCUUACCUAAAUUCCAACUGUGAGCUUAUAAUGAACAUGCUUGUCUCAGCUUCUAAUGUGAAAAAUGAAACUCGUAUUUCAUAUAUUGAUAAAACAAACGGAAAUAAUUUGCUAAAAAUUUUACCUAACGAUGAAACAAGAUUAGCUCUAUUAGCCAACUUGUUUGUUAGCGAAGGAAAACCAGGACAAGUUUUAAAAGUUCAUGCCAAGAAGCGUACUGGCAAUGACGAUUUUAUUGCAUGCAUGCGAAAUGCACUUGCACAACAUUAUGAACAUAAUUUUGUUGGAUUAGGAGGAACAUUUUUAAUGAGAGAUGGAAAAGUUAAACAACAUAUCAUGCCAGAUUUCUCUACAACUCCUCUUAAGACGGAAGCACAGUUGAACAAUUGGUUGCAUUUUUAUAACAUGUCAACACCUCUUGUAGCUGUUGGCACAUUUGUCAAUUCUGAACAUAAUUUGGAUUUGCGCGUUCAACACUUCCACAGCUUUUCUAAUCAUGGAGAAGGUGGUCAUUAUCAUAUUGAUACAACUCCAGAAACUAUUGAAUAUUUAGGAUACUUUAAUUUGGGUACUACGUUUUAUCGUGUAGAUCAACCAACAAGUGCUCUGCAAUUUGGAAAGGACUGAUCUCUUUUAUAUGACCAUAUAUAUAUAUAUUUUUGAUGAUGUUUAAACAAGAUAUUCAACAUAAAUAAUUGUAAUUUAGACUUACACUUAUUAAUCGUUUAAAAUUGAUAAUAAAAGAGCAUUAUUUUGGUACUUGUA